AUGGAUCAAUCAAAGACGCAAGCCUCUCUAUUCCAAGUAUACUUGCGAUUGCGCCCUCCUCCAACAUCCAAUUCUCUAUAUCCAACUCUUGCGACAGGCGACAGAUUUAUUACCGUGGAAGAUGCCGCCGACGAAAAUGCGCUCCCAACACAUAUCACACUAAAUCCUCCAAACGAUAAUAGAAGGCGCGCUGUAGAAAAGUUUGCGUUUACAGAAGUUUUUGAAGAGAGCGCGUCCCAACUCGACAUCUUUGAAGGUACUGGCGUUCUUCCACUUGUUGAGGGUGUACUUGGACCUCGAGGAGGGGAAGGACGAGAUGGCUUACUGGCGACGCUUGGAGUUACUGGGUCUGGAAAGAGUCAUACAAUUCUAGGAUCCAAGACGCAAAGAGGUCUCACUCAACUCGCGCUCGAUGUACUCUUUCGAUCGAUCUCAAACCAAAUACUCGACCCUAAUACCUCAACUUCUCUACAUGCGACUGUAGCAGCCUCGGAUCCAUCUGAGGCUCAGGUAAUGUCUGCUCAAAUGUUCCUCGACACGAUGUAUGGCGAUCAAUCAGCACCUUCAAGAGCAAGCUCUCGAGCGCCAACACCAAUGGUAGUACGAAUCCCCUCAAUCCAUGACAAUUCCUCUGAAGUAGGCAACAUGCCAGGAUCAUAUCCCUUCUCCGAUUGCUCUUCAGGUAGUCCUAGAGGUAUCAGAGUAGUACGCGAUACAAUCACAGAGCAUAGUAUUCUAGAAGCGACAGUGUCGACUUUCCAUGCAAUCCCCUCCUAUAUGCAAUCUACAGUCGCGAAAGCAAGAAAGUACGUUACUAAAUCUCCAUUAAAGGGCGAAUCGUAUGCACCACCACCUACACCGCGACGAAAUAUGUUACAGAGACCCUCCGUCCUACCGCAAUUACCCGAUAUCGCGAACUUCACAGUUAAUGUUGAUGAACAUGCCGAAUAUGCGAUUCUUAUAAGCAUGUAUGAGGUGUAUAAUGAUAGAAUCUUUGAUCUACUCACUCCAGCAAUUCCAAACAAGUCGACGAAAGACUACCGAAGACGGCCUUUGCUUUUCAAACCGACCGAGCAGAGCCCAGAUAGAAAGGUGGUCGCAGGUUUAAGAAAGAUCAUUUGUGGAACCAUGAAAGAGGCUUUGAUGGUUUUAGAGGCUGGUCUUCACGAGCGAAGAGUUGCGGGUACCGGUUCGAAUAGUGUGAGCUCAAGAUCUCAUGGCUUCUUCUGUGUAGAAGUCAAGAAAAGACGAAGGAACCGAAUGCCUGGUCCUUGGGGCGGAAGCGCUCUUACCGUUGUUGAUUUGGCAGGAAGUGAAAGAGCUCGAGAUGCAAAGACUGCUGGCGCUACUUUGCAAGAAGCAGGAAAGAUCAAUGAGAGUUUGAUGUAUCUGGGGCAAUGCUUACAGAUGCAGUCAGAUAUUGGGAAUUCAAUUAAGCCAAAUCUUGUGCCAUUCCGACAAUGCAAAUUAACCGAACUCCUUUUCUCUAAUUCGUUUCCAAAUCAUUCAUCCUCAGCAACGCCUUCACAUCACUCACAGUCACAUUCCCAUCACCGCAAUCCUCAAAAGGCAAUCAUGAUAGUAACGGCAGAUCCGGUCGGUGAUUUCAAUGCAACCUCUCAAAUCCUCCGCUAUUCAGCUCUUGCGCGAGAAGUUACAGUUCCCAGGAUACCCUCGGUCACCUCUACAAUAAUGGCCCAAUCUACAGCUUCACAUUACUUUUCACCAGGAAGGGGUGGAGGCAGAACACCUACCGAUUCGGAACGAGAAACUAUGGAGAUCGCCGCGCUGGAAAUUGCUCGCAUGUCAGAAGAAAUCGACGGACUCCGAAGCGAACUCAAAGAAGAACAAGACCGUCGCUUGGAAAGCGAAGCCCAUCUUGAAAGCCUGCGUGACCGCAUCGUGGAAAUUGAAAUGGACGUCCGUGAAGAAGUUUUCUCUGAGAUGGAGAAACAGAUGGAAACGGAAAUGCGGAGAUGGAAAGCUAGUUUUGCGAGCGAGCAAGAGCGACAAGAGGAGCAUGUUGAUCGGAAAUUAGAAAUUCUUACCAAGACUAUUGAUCUUGGGGAUGAUGAUAAGGAGAAUGCUGGGUGUGAUGGGGGGUUUACUGGGGAUUUGGAAGAUGAGAAUGAGAGGUUGAGAAGGGAGGUUGAGAGUCUGAGGAGAGAGUUGCAGGGGAGGAGUCCGAGUAAGAGACAGCCGCUUAGGGAGAGUCGGAAUUUGAUGGGGGAGAUGGAGAGGUUGAGUUUGAAUAGCUCGAGUGGGGUGGGAGGGGUGAGGGGCCGGUGGUGA